AGGGGCUUGUUUGCCAUUGGCCCCAUUCAUUGGACCGGUAACGCACGGCAUGCUAUAACACCAUGCUUCCCUUCGCCAGACCUAGCGGAGCUCUCUCACUAGCGCAUAUCACUUGCAAACUGAGCAGGAGACUCUGCCCAGACACACUUCAUCUCAGCACAGAGAGCUGAGACUCAGAGAGAGGAAACAACAAGCAAGCAGCUCUAUCUUACCAUCCGUUGCUCUUGCACAGAAGAGGAGAGAUUGGGAUAACGCAUUGCUGGAGGCUACUAGAAGAAACAAAGCCACGUGAGAUAGAGCCCCAAAUUGACUGUAACAGACUGGGAAAAAUUAUACUCACCAGUAUAUGAGGAUCCAAGAGGAUGAGGUAACAUGCUUGCUCUAUUCCUGACUAACGGAAAGUGAGUCUUUCUUCUGAGACUGAGACAUAAGCAAAGUAAGCAAACAAAAGAAAAGGCUUGUUGGGUGGACUUGUUUAGCUCUCUGUUGGACUCCGUGCAUGGAAGCUUGGAAGUUUCGGGUCCCCCAUGGCGUGUUACUACAUUGUCAUCAGCUCCACUCACCUCAGCAAUGGACACUUUAGAAACAUCAAGGGAGUUUUCCGAGGCCCCCUCUGCAAAAAUGGCAACAAAAACUUGGACUAUGCUGAGAAUGAGAAAACUUUGGCCAAAGCUCUGGAGGACCUCAAGGCCAACUUCUACUGUCAGCUGUGUGACAAGCAGUACUACAAGCAUCAAGAGUUUGACAACCAUAUCAACUCAUAUGACCAUGCUCACAAGCAGAGGCUGAAGGAACUGAAGCAGAGAGAGUUUGCCCGCAACGUGGCCUCCAAAUCCAGGAAGGAUGAGAGGAAACAGGAGAGAGCUCUCAGACGCCUACAUGAGCUCGCUGAACAGCGCAGAGAGGUGCAAUAUGCCCCAGGAAGUGGUCCUAUGUUCAAAUCGACCACGAUUGCAGUGGAAGGAACUUUCAGGGAGUCCUGCUGCGAUGAUACCCAAGAAGAGAACCAAAGCUUUGCGAGUCAGGACUCAGGGGGUCAGAUCCAUUCCAGCAACUGUGGCUUAGCUUGUAAGCAUUCACCAUGGCCAUACAAUGGGAAGGCCAAAAAGCAAACUUUCAGACGCAAAAUUGCAUUCUCUUUUUCCUUUCCAAAGAAAGCAUCUGUUAAGCUUGAGUCAUCAGCUGCGGUUUUUUGUGAGAGCAUGGAGGAGGGAUCGAUGGAGCAAAGCCGCAGGCAAAGACUCAAAGUACCCCCUGUUGAGCUUGACCUCCCUGGCUCCCCCACAGAGGAAAAAGUACUAAAUUGUGAGGAGGCAUUUUACCACACUGGCACACAGCAGGGCAAGCACUUCCAAAAAAUUGGCAGCGCAGGAAGUCAGGAGUCAUCAGAUAUGUCUGUGGGGAGGGAGAGCCCCUCAUCAAAUGCCUCAGAUUUGUGUGCAUUGCUCGUUUACUCAGAGGAUGUGCCAAGUCCCUAUGUCCCCCUCGUAAGCACUUCCCCAUUUCAUUUAAACACUGCUGAUAUUGUUCUCGACUCUAAGGACUCUUUUGAGAUCCUGAAAAGCAGCAAUGCUGAAAGUAAACCUGAGACCCCUGAAGAGGUGACAGUAGAGGAGAGCAGCAUUACACAGGAGGGGCACACAAACUUUAGUGAUCCUCCCGUAAAGAGUUUCACAGAUGUGUCACCCAAGAAUGAUUCUCCUCCAAGAAGACAAGUCCUAGUGGAGGAUGCAACUUCAAAGACAUCAUCCCAUUUCACAAAGCCCAGCCAGCCUUUUUUCUCUGUUCUAAGCAGGGAUGGUAACAUCAUAUUUCAGUGGCCCUCUGAGAUGGUGACCUUCACAAGGACAGAACCAUCCUUGUCUUUUAGUUGCAACCCCCUCCAUUUUGACUUCAAGGGGUCACGGAUUAGAAGGCCUGCUGACACUCAGGAGAUGACUGAGCCCAAAACUGAUGAGGAAUUAUCUGUCCGCUCAGGUUUCAAAUCCUGCCACUCUGACAAGGACAUUGAGGAAUCCACAGCCAGCCCUAGAAACAGUCCCAGCCAAAGACCUGAAGGCAAGGUCAGAAAGUGUUAUCAGUAUUCAAGUGACAUAGAGAGUUGCGUCAGGCUGAAAACAUAUGACAGGUGUAGACAUUCCAAAGAUUGGAUUCAUGCAAGUAGGAGAAUGGGAGAGAAGCUUUGGGCCAGGGAUAGACGUUAUUACAGGAGUCACGGCAAAAGGAAGCGAAGGAGGUGGAAGAGGAGGAGAGAAAGACACCGGAAGACAGAGAGCAAUGCGGUAAAAUGUAAGAAAUUCUACAGACGACCUGGGAGUAUGGAAGGACUUGAUAGCCAAUUUAGAGGCACCACUUCACAGCAAGUGCAGCCAUUAGAAAAGUCAAAGCAAUCAGAUCAAAAUCAGGCUGAGGACAGCAGCACAGCUCCUGUAGUUGAGGAAGGGGUGGGAGGCACAAGGCAGGUAGCACCAGCCGACGUAAAUGGCUCAGCGGGCUGCAUCAUUCUCUCUGAUGAGUUCUGCGCUGAUGUUGAAAAGGUGCUUGGUAACAGCAGGAAAAAGCCUGACAAUCCAACUGCAAGGGAGCUAACAAUCACAGGACAGUAUUCCAACAGCCAGAAUGUAUCUAACUUUCAGAGUUCCAGCACAGCCCCGGGGUGCCCAGACGAGACAUCUCCAUCACCUGAGACUGACAGAGAUGGACCUAUUGAAGGACGAAUUCUGAAAAGGCCACGUGAAGAUUCUCAAAGCGAUGGAGAUGAGCACAGACCAGAUGAUUCUUGUGACCUCUGCCGAUCAUUAGAGGAGAUUACUGAUGGAUGUUCAUUAGAAGAAAAUGCCUCUGCAGAUACAGAACUUAAUUGUUGUGAGCACAGGAUUUUAAGGAAAAGACUGAAACGGACACAUGUCCAAGAUGAAUCAUCAUGCCUUGCAAAUAAAUUCCCCAUUGUUAAGAACAGUGUUCUGGAAGAACAGGACAAGGCCAUGGAGGAGUAUAACAUGAAAUGCCUUGUUUUAAAUGGCAUGUGUGACAGCUCAAAUGGGUCAGACCAAAUUCCACGCAGUAUUGAUGAUAGAGAGAGCAGUGCGGUUAAUUCUCAGACAUUUACUUCCAUUAGCACUUCCCUGGAUCAUACUUUGGUGGAUAGAAGUGAUCGGCAGCAGAGCUCCUCCUCUCAGAUCAAUGCUUCAUGCACCAAGGGCAGUCUAGCUCUGUUGGAGACUAAUUCAAAGCUAUCAAAGGAGCUAACAAAGGAGAACAGUAACAUACACAGUAGUGAGUCUAAAGCAGUUCAAACCCCUGUAAAGAAUUGUAACAAGUAUUCAGUGACAGCUCAGGCCUGCCUGCUCGAUGCCCUGCAGAGGACUGAAAAAGCCACUCAUGACAAAUCAUGCCAGCACAGCCUUCAAACCCCACUACAGAGGUUUCACCUAGGCAUUCAGGCUGAGGAGAAGUUAAGCAGGGAGUGCUUCCACACCACCAGCAGCCUGUUCCAACCUCCUCCAUCAUUCCAUCCUCCCUCAGAUGCAAUGGAAAGACACUAUCUCCUACAGAUCCAAAGCCACAGACAGUUGCUUCACCAGCAGGUGUUUCCUGCUAAGCUCAAAUCCAUCCUGCCCAGCCCACAUCUGCCCAUGUCAUCUGCCAUCCUCAAUCCAGUUCACCUGUCCUCCUCCAUGCCUUCUGGCUCCAUCACUAUACGUCACACCAUACUACAGAACCACCCUGCUUUCCUUCCCCCACAACCCCGUCUUUACCCCCAGGUAGUGCCUGUUUCUCGACUUCCAUUGGGGCCGGAGAUCUGUCCGCCUGCUGCUCCUCCCUUCGUGACACCUUCACAGGUACCUGUGGUUCCGGCACCCCCAAGUAUUCACCCUAUGACUGUGACAUUUCACACCCUGCCCCGACCUGCCAUGUUUCCAUCCAUGUUACCCCCUCAUCUUGCUGUCAUGCCCUUGCAGCCUCUCUUCUAGUUCUACAGUUAUUUCUGUAUGUAACACAAUUUAUUUUUAUUUCAAAAGUGAGAGAAACAUCUGCAGCAAUGCUCCCUUAGGUAGAAUGUUGAAAUAGGAAGGAUAGUCCCUAGGUGGCACACAAAAGAGUUGUCUUUGCAGUUUGGAAAGAAUGCUGUUUCUGUGCCAUUAUUGUCAUUAGAGAAUCUUUAAGAGAAAAACUUCACACUCUUAUUAAGAAGUGUAUAACCAAACUUCCUGAUUUAUUAGAAAUUGUUGAAAUUGUCAAAUAAUGAUUUUAACAGAUCUUUAACACCAAAAAUACGAUAGUUUCAUAAGGUCAUGCAAAGCAUGAUCAUUUAAAUAUAAAAUCUAGGCGCACAUAUUUGUAGAAAGAAAUUAUUAAAUAUUCUAAAUACAUAAAAAAAGAUAUGCUUUAGUCUACAUACACUUAGAGGUAUUAAAAAUAUACUGUAAUAAUAAUAGUUAGCCCUGUGAGAAUCUAGCCACAUAUUAAGGGUGUUUCCCUGCCUUCGGCCCGAGGUAGCUGGAAUAGGCUCCAACACCCCCUGCAACCCAACUUGGGAUAAGCAGGUAUAGAAAAUGGAUGGAUGGAAUAAUAAUAUAAAGUAUACCAUAACUAUGGUUGCUAUUGACUUGCAAUCUGUAGUGAUAUGAAUACAGGAUGUCCUAAAUGGUCAAACAGUGUUUGUAUGUGCAGUUUACAGAUUUUCAAAGGAAGCCUACAGAGAAUUGAUGUAACAGAUAUUUAUCAUGUGUGGCAGAAUUUACAAUGAAUCACACUGGUAUCAGUGUAUGAUAGUAAUUUCUUUAAAUAUACUGCUACUGUGCCUGUCAAAGGCUAGCAGAAUGCAGCAGGAUAGCACUAUGCACCAUGUGCUAAGAAAGCACAGUGUUGAACACAAAAAUAUUUCUCAUUUAUAUGAGUAGUUUUUAUGCAAAUCGAAAACCCAUAGCAUGUAAUGGGAAAGCCGAAUGUGACUGUUGACAGAGCUGAUAUGGGCAAUUAUAUUUCGUAUUUUGCUAAUUACCUGCAGUGUACCUGUACCUCAGAGCAGUGAAUGAACUAAUACACAGAUAAUAGUUGUUUAUACUACAGAAUGCAUUUUGUGUGAUUCCAUAUCAACUUCAAAUUGUUGAUCCUACAUGCUGUUAUCUAAAAUAUUUAAAAAAGCACAAAAAUUACCAAACGCUGAUCCAGACGUGCGUGUUUCCUGUAUCCCUGGUAUUGUAACCUGCUUGGAUUAGGUGAAAAUAGGCUAGAUCUAUCUGAAAAUAUCAGUACAUUCAUAAGUACCCUGGCCUGUAGCAUUUAUUUAGGGAAUUUUAUUUUUCCUUAUAAAGAAUUAUUCUUUAUGUUUUUUGUAUAUUUGAAAGGUUAAGAAUGGCCAAAUGGCCUGCCUUGUGAAGUAAAAAAAAAAAAAAAACUUCAAGAAUAAAAUACUUGUAAACAUACAAGUAAGGCAAUUCAUCUUAUUGGUUUGUUUAUAUUUUUGGUUUGAUUUGUACCAGAAAUACCAUUACAAGCCUUGGUGGUAAAAUGCUAGUAAUAUGAUUCAUUGCCGCAAAUAUUUAAAAAAGAAGUUACGUUUUUUUAGCGAAGGAUUACAUUUCUUCUACUUGCAUCAUAUGAGAGUCUAAACUCAAGAGAACGUUUCAUUUACUUAUUUAAAAUACUAACUACUAAGAUACUUGAAUGGAAAAGCAACCCUAGUUAGUUUGAGAAGUCCAGAGCAAAUUAUCUGUGUCUUUGAGCUUUCACAAUCCUUUCAUUUUCAAAGGAGAUGUGCUAAACUGGAAUCAAUACAUUUUUUAUUUUGCAGAUAGCCAUAUGGAAAUUGAAAGAUAUUGUAACACUUAGAAAUAAAUGUUAUUGCAAAUUAAACAACAGUAAUAAUACAUUGAAUUGCAAACAGGUAACAAUCAAUGUUUAAGUUUGAAAGAUGAUUAUGUAUAAGAAGAAGAAGAAUCUACUAAUUAAAAUGAAGUAAAUACAUUGUAUUAGAUAAGUCCCAUUGCACAAUUUCCUUGAUGCAAAACAGGCAGAUAUUUGUGAGGUAUUUUUUUAUUUGUCUGAAGAUCUCAAAAGCAUGUAAUUUCUAUAUGCAACAACUUAAUAUGCACUUGUGCAUUGCAAUGAAGUGUGAUAUUAGAAAGACAAAAAUAAAAUGAAAAGCGAUAGAGGUAGCAUGAAAGAGAGGCUUUUGAUAUUUUAAAACAUUUUCCACAAAGCCCUGAAUACCACCCGAUUGCCCCCUCUUAAAAUCAUGUCAAUUCUGAUAUUCUAAGUACAUCGGAAAUUGUGUAAAUGCACAAUGUACUUUUACCUGCUGGUGAUUCAACUUGCUUUGAAAAAUUGUAUAUGCUGUAAAUCAGUACUAUUUAUAAAUCAUGUAAUAUGUAAUGUACGUAUAUGUACAUAUGUUUUAUGUUUUUAUUGUGCAAGGUACCCUGUAUGUAUGAAAUAUUUAGAUAAGAUAAAACAACUAUGUUUUUUACGCCACUUUGCCAACUGAAUGAUG